AUGGACAAAGUUUUACAGAAAAAGAAAAUUAUCAACAGCAAAAGACAGUCAAAAAGUCUGAAACGAUAUUUAACAUCUUCGAAAUUUGACUUCAAUGAAACUGUGCCAAUUUUAAUUGGUAAUCUGAAUUCUUCAAACUUCACAUGUGAAAUAGGACAAAACGGUAGUAUUGUGCAGAAUAUACAGAACGUCGAGGUACAGUGGGAAAUGAAUUCCACAAACGUUUCAUGUACAUGUAUAGGGGUAAAGCUGAAUGAAUCAGAAAUUUCCUAUGGUAUCAGGUUGAAGUACAGUAAUAUGUAUUUCGAUAAUGAGGUGACUCUAAUUGUAUACACCUGCGAUAGUUUCUUGAACUACGAUGUCUGUAAAAACUCAUAUGCUAUUCAGCGUUAUGAAUGUGAAUGGAGAAACAGUAAAUGCUGUUUUAUAGGAUCCGAACCAUGUUGUCGAAAUAACGGCGAAUUCACAAUAACAGAGAUUUCCCCUAUAAGUGGACCAAUAAACGGAGGAACAUCAAUUAAUGUAUUUGCAAAUUACGAAGGAAAUAGCACAGAUGAAAUUUUCCUUUCCAUUGCUGAAGCUAAUUGCACAGGAGUUAUAGUGAAAGAUAAAGCUAAUUCGUUCAUAUGCAAAACUGGGAAAGAAAUUCCACAGAAUGAUGACAAAAUAAAAAUGUCCGUUGGCAAUUGUUCAAGCACUAUAGUGAAUAAUACAUACUUUACAUACAAGGACCCAGGCGUCAUCAUGAACUUUAAUCCUAGAAAGGGGAUCUUAGCUGGAAAUACAAUCAUAACCAUAACAGGCAAAAUUACUACGUUUGAAGGACCAGACCGAUACAACAUAUCAUUCUGUGAUAAAGAUAACAUUACAUGUAUAUCAUGCAGCAUUCUUAAUAAUCUCAAUUUGCAUGAUUCCAAAAUAAUGUGCAAAACUGGAGAAUCCAGUGAACCUCGUAACUUGACAAAGCUGGUAGUUGUUAUAGAUACUUUUACAAAAUUACAGCUGAAUGGAACAUUUGAGUAUUUACUGAAUCCAACAUUUGAUAUUUCGAAGAAUGAGACUUUAAAAGCUAUAGAGAGUGGUGGCGCUGAAUUUGAAAUCAAUGGUGAUGGUUUUAAUAACGUUGGACAGAUAACUGUCGAAAGAGUGGAGGAGCCUUGUAAAGUGCCUUCUGAUAAGCAAGCUGUUUGCAAAACACCUGAAAAAUUACUUAAUCAGACAAAUGUCCAAACCGUUAUUGUGAAUUUUGACGGAAUAGCACGUGCUUUUGAAAUUAAUUAUGUUGCGGAUCCUUCUUUUGAAAGGUUCAGUGGUGUGAUGAAUUAUGACAAGGAAUCUUUAAUUACAAUCAAGGGUAAAAAUAUCUUAAAUGGAGCUGGAAUUGGAGAUUACAACAUACAAGUUGGUUUGGACGGAAAAUGUCUCAUCUCUGAAGGUGGCAUAUCCAUGACUUAUAUCAAUUGUUUUCCACCAAAAAACGUUCCUCGGACCAAUAAGUCAGAAAUAAAUUCAGUUCAUGUAAUUGUUGAGGUUGGUAGGAUAAAGGUGUAUAUUGGCGACAUACAGUACCAGAACGACGUCCAGAUAUUAUCAAUUAUAGUUGGUGUCUUGGCUGCUGCAUUAGUUAUUGCUGUUACCAUUGGCAUACUUGCUGUUAUGGUAUUAAAAAAGAAAAAAAGAAAAGCUAUCAAGGAAUUCAAAAUGGAACUGAUGACACGUGAAGAAAUGGUACGAAAAGCUAGCAGAGAAGAAUUCGCAGAUGCUCAGAUGACAAUGAGAAGUAUCAAAUCUGACCUUUUCACCUCUAAGGUGCCAUUUUGUGACUACAAGACAUAUGUUCUUCGUCAACUUUUUCCAAACCAAGAUAUAUCAACCAAUCCUCUGCUGCACGGUUUAAAGAUAUCGGAUGCAAAAAAAGACGUAACAGAGACUGCGAUUGACAAUUUUAAAACGUUAUUGUCGAGUAAACUUUUUCUGAAAUCACUAGUCCAAACUAUCGACCGCCCAAAUAUGCUGACAAUUCAAGAAAAAGCACAUUUCUCAUCAGUUCUGUCAAUUUCAUUGAUGGGAAAUAUGACACUUUAUUUCGAUUUGAUAGAAUGUUUGAUGGUAGAUAUGAUUCGGUCAGCUAAUAAAAAACAACAAAAAGUUUUAUUUAGAAGGUUUGAAUCUAUCACACUGAGAUUGAUGGCAAACUGGUUACAGAUAGGACUUUAUGGACAGUUAACGUCAAAUUGUGGAAUGCAACUGUUCAUGCUGUACAAAGCAGUAAAGACAAUUGUUGAAAUGGCACCAAUAGACGCACUUACAUCUAAUUCAAAGAACACUAUCGCAGAGGAAAAACUACUCAAAAUGAGGAUUGAGCAUCAAUCUUUUACUUUGCAAAUAGAUUUGAAUGGUAAUAGUGACAAGCGUUAUCCUGUCAAAGUUCUUGAUUGUGAUACAAUAUCACAAGUGAAACAGAAAUGUUGUGCACAGAUUUAUAAAAAUAGCCCUUCUUCAAAAAUACCACACAAUGAUGAACUUUCUUUAGAGUGGCAAGAAGGGAGGGCUGGAAAACUUACACUCAAUGAUAUUGACAACACAAGUGAACGAAACAAUGGAAUGGUAUGUCUGAAUACCUUAAAACAUUAUAUGGUUAAAGACAACAGUAGAAUGGUCCUGAUGUAUAAGCAACGUGACAGCCACACUGUCAACGUGAAUUCAAUAGCGUUCCGAGAUGAAAGUCUCGCGUCAGAGGAUAUUACUUUACUCAUGCCGGAAAAUGUAGAAUGUUCGGAACUAGAAGGCCAGAAAUGGCAUCUGUCAAACUUACCAGAGGGACAGUCUAAUAAAGAUGUAGAUUUUGGUGACAUCUUCCUGAAUAGAUUAUUUCUCACCAAGCUGCUACUUUCGGAAUGCAUUGAUACUACUUUUGAGAAUUUAAUAGAUCCACAAUCAUCUUCAAUACCAAUUCGAUACUUCAUCGGUAUGUUGGAUAAACUUGGAAAACAAUUUGGAGUAGAACAGGAUGUUCUGCAGUCAUGGAAAAAUGAAUGCUAUGCUACAAGAGUUUGGGCUCCACUGAUAGGUAAACCAGGUAUAUUGUUUGAUGUUAUUGUGCCUGCAUACGUGGAACCAUGUAUGGACAUUCUAAGACAAGUUUUUGUGGAAAGUUUUACCCAAACUGCCCACAAAAUCAACAAGGAAUCACCAUCACAGAAGUUAUUGUUCCAUAAAGACAUACCAAGAUACAGAAAGCUUAUUGGUCCUUUUUUCAUCCGCCUGGAACCAGUGACUGAUACUGAAUUCUGGAGUGAAAUGGACGAAAUCUCAGAUAAACAGAAACUAGAACUGAGGUUCAGUCGACAGUCUGCCCUUCAACAGCUGUAUAAUCUAUAUAUUAAGAAAUACAAGACUAAAAUUAUAAAUGAUUUGGAGGAUAUGGAAGAAGCGACAGACCUACAACUCGCAAAUAAACUUGAAGAUGUCAUAAAAAUAAUGGAUGAAUCUUCUGCCUCUCGUUAAUUGGUGUACUUCUCGUUAUCACACAGACUGUAAAUAGAUACAGCUUAUUUUUCUUGUCUUUGAAUACGGAUACAAUCAAUACACGAGUUAUAAAACAUAAAACGGCAAUGGAGCAAGAAGUUAUUCAUCGCAUGGAAGACGUUGUGAAAUAUACAGGAGUAUUUCACAUAAUACUGUUAUUAUUUUAUGACAAUUGUUAUUUCUUUUAUAUUUAUUUGUUAAUGAAUUUACAAACACAAGUUGGGCAAUCCACUUGUAUAAUUGAACUAAAACAAUGGACAAAGUCAUGUAUGAAUGGUCUGGAUAGGUGCAUUAAAUGGAGAACAAUGGGCUUACAACAAAAACAAUGUGAAAAGUUAUUUUGAAAUACAAAACAAACAAAGAAAUAAAAAAAAACAUAUUUAACCUCCUGCUCAUUGUAUAUUUGAUGAGAGAGGUAUUAUGUAUUCUACUGAAGGACUUUGGUAAUUUACUCAAAUUAUUAAAAUAGUUUUUACAUCAAUUUUUCAAUUGAUAAAUAUUUGUUUUUAUUAUUUGUAUAUUAUAAUAUGUGUACAGCACGUACAUUUAUACAUACUUUAUGUCUUGUAAAUAUUACGAAAGCGGCUUCUUGACCUAAACACUUUCUUAUCUAAAUAAAAUAGUUUUUUGACAUAUUAUCUGAAACUUGGUGUACUUUGCCUUUGCUAAAGUCACUCAAAAUUAUUUUCGUCUUGUCGAGGUUUUCGUUUGUACAUAAAACUACGGUCGUUUUGAGCAUGGUUCUUUGUUUUUUUUUUCUCCCUGGUGAUUAGAUAAGUUGCUUUUGUUUUUAUUUGAAUUCUAUGAACUUUCCUUUUAUCAAUGUGUUCUUGCUUCUUUUAAAUAUAUCUUAAAAUGAUAGAACGUGCUGUUCCUCAACUCUUAUUUUCAACUCAAGAGCAAAGGAACAACUCAUACUACUGUCAAUGUUAUUAAAUACCGUUAUUAAUUUGAAAUAUUUUAGAAAUUUUGAUUUACAAAAAUCAAAAUUUAACAUCAUAGUAAAGAAAGAAAGUAAAGGGUGCAAUGUCAAAGGCGCGUGUGAAAUUUUUUGUGAUGACAUUUUGUUAUUUAACUUAUAACGUUGUUUUCGACAUCAUUUUUCAAAGUCGACAUGUUGUUUUUCGUUAGGACAAAUGUCUUUACUGAAUGACACUUUGAAUUUUAUACCUUUUGCAAUUUACAAUUACAGCGAUUUUUUAACUUUUAUUGUGUCACGUACCCAGACCAUAUGAGUUUAUAUACGGACGCUGGAUUGGUUCAGGCCAGAUGAACGAAAGGUAAAUGG